UUUCUCUCCAGCAGCGAAGGAGCAAAGCGCAGAAGUUUGCGCACCGCGUGCUCGUUUUCGCCGGUCUGCGCGGGCGGUUGUUUCGCUGCAGAGUGUGUUGUCCGGUGCUCGUGCACGGACAUUGUCAUCCGUGCUGUGCUUUAUGGUGCUUCCUAUGCGAAACUUCUGGCACAAAGGAGUUGCAGAGCGACAGAACAAUGUUUCGCACGAAAAAGGACGUUGACAGGCACAUCGCCGGCAUUUUGGCGAAAAUUAAAGAUGAAAAGGAGAAAAAGAUUAGAGGUUUCAACUUCGCCAAGCUUUACUUUUCGGUUAACGACUAUGAGUCUGCCAGAAGGCACCUGGCUGACUACCUGACUGUGAAUGACAAACAGGCGUCUGCAUACAAGCUGAUGGGGGAAAUCCAUGAAGCUAUGGGAAGUUUUAGGCAAGCCUUGCAGUCCUACAAACACUCUUUGGCCCUUCAGGAAAACCAGAAGGAUGUUGUCCUGAAAAUUUGUGAAAUCUACACAGAAUUACCUGCUGACCUAGAGUCAACUAAGUACUGGCUGGAGCGAGCUGAGAGCCUUUUUCCGGGUCACAGGAUUGUUUUUAAGCUCAAGGAAAGUUUGACGCGAGCCAGAGGUGAACCAGAUGUAAAGGACAUGGAAAAUCUCAUCACAUCGGAGCUGGUGACCCGUCCGCUGGAUGUGGCACUGCGUGUGAAGCUGUUGAGGCUGCUGCUGAACUCGGGACGUGUGCUGGACGCCUACAAGCAUGCACUGCAAGCUGAGGAGGAGCCUCAGUUUGGCGCUGAGGCUGUUUACUCACUUCCCUGGCAGCGCUGCCUGGCUGACGUAUUUGAGGCCUACCUAGAAAACCAGGCUGGCCCUGUGGACGAAUCAUUCCUUGCCAAGUACCUUCUGACACUGGACCAGCUGGCCUCUCUGGCACUGACCAACCCAUGCAGCUCUGCACCUGCUACCAUACCUGGACCCCUCAAUGGGGAGUCGGCCAAGCAGGGGGAGCGAGCUGCUGUGGAGGAUGCCAUCAGCGCCAUUGAGUCGCUGGAUGGCUUGCUGGACAAGGCUCAUAAGAAGAAAUGGACGCGUGGUGGGGCCUGGGACUUCGUGCUACAUCAUGUCACCGGCCAGCUGUACUUGCACAUGGCCACUUUACUUCUCAAAAGGGCCUGGAAGGAGAGUUACAACUGGCAAGAAGCUCGCAGCUGGGCUGCGGCCCUGUUGCUGAGUGCCCACUCGUUGCGGCCUCCAAGUGGCCUAUCACAGGAGACUUGGUUUCUGGCGCUUGACUCCGCCAGGCAGAGGCUUUACCGUCAUGUCUUCCUUCGAGCUCACCACCGGCUCUCGGUUACUGGUCACAUAGUGCAUGUUCUCUGUGAAGUUGAAAGCAAGUCUCGUUGGCUGUCUGAUCUCAAGCAAGAAGCAUGCACACCUGAGGUGCGGAAGAAAAUUUACAAGAGCCUUUUUGAUGGAGAAGGCACUACAUCAUGGUUUCUCCAUGACCCAACUCUUGUCAAGUGUGCCUUUGAGUUUCCCACCCUUGCAGCCCUUCAGGAGCAUGAUCAAGAGGCACAAUGGCUGCACCCUUCAUCUCUCAACCAUCUUGUCUGGCUGGCUCUGCACUGGAGUUCAAUACAAGACAAGAAGUCCAAGGGCACUGAGUACCUCUUUGAGGUGAGAGUGUUCGAGAGGCUUCAGCGGGAGCCACAUGCAUUUAACUCCGGGGCAGCUGAGACGUUGAGUCAGAUGGAUACAUUGGCAUUCCUAGAGGCGGCACGGUACUGUGCGGCUCAGUCACUAGGCCGGAAGUCCAUGCGACCUUCGCAGGGGCCCUUGGCCCUCCCUCCUCACGUGGGUGUGCAGCUGUGCACAGGGCCACAGGCCGAGUGGUGGAAUGCUGCUUACCGUCUACACACCAACACUGCCAGGGACCGAAUGGCUGACUUUAGGCGCCUUCUGCAAAGAGGGCUUGAAGUGAUCCGUGGAAUUGGAAACCAUAGCAUGGACCUUGCUCUGGUUGUUCACUUGGCUAGGACAUUUGCAAAAAAGUCGUCGUCCAGGCGUGCUGAUGGCCUGGAGGAGGAGUCUAAGGCCCUAGAAGACAGGGCGGCACACUAUUGGGAAGUUGUUCUUUCUAUGCUGGAAAAGUCUGGCAGCACCAGCAGCCCACUGUCGGCAUCGCGCCGGCUAUUUUGUGUGUCAGCCAGUAGUGCCCUGACAGGGCCACAGGAGACAAGGGCCCUCAAGCAAGAAGCCAAGAUGUUUCUGGCUGUGCGUGCUAUGAAUGCAGACUGUCUGGACGAGGCUGCUGAGAUGCUCUCCCAGUUGACCACUGCACAGGCUGCCUUUUACACUGCUCUCGUGAUGAAGAAGAUGGCCCAGCGUGAGUCUCCCCAGCGAGGUGUGCAGCAUGCCCUGCUUCAGAGGGAACGGGCCGCGUUGCAGCUGGCCCUUGAGCGUGGCCGCCGAGAGCCAGACCAGGCCCUGGCGUCCGCUGUACGUGCUCAGCUGGAUGACCUUGAGGGGCGCCUCAUUAAUGUCUCAAAUGGCUCCUACACUGAAGAGGCAGCAGAGACGUCUUGGGCACCAGAUGCCUUCUCCACACCCCGUUCUUCCCAUGUUAGUUUUACUCGUCGGCCUCAACAAAACAGCACCCCUAAGGUUGACCCAAGCUUCUACCCAUCACGUACAGAUGCAAACCAGUCCUCUUUGUCUGAGGUGGAGUCCCCAACAAGACAGCCGAGGGCGCAGGCCUCUGUACCUGCUGCUGCUGCUGCUAACGAGUUUGUUGAGUUGCAGCUCCGAUCCCUGUCGCUGCACCAGGAGCUGGUGAUGAGUCACCUGCGUCAGGUGCAGGAGGCCAACCAGAAUGUGCUGAGGGAGCUGCGCGAAAGCCACCAGUCUGUCCUGGCCGAAGUCAGGCAGCAGCAGGCUGCCCUGGAGCAGCUCUCGAAAAAAGUUGAUGACAUUGCCACAAAGGCAACAACGGCUGCCACUGUAUCACGUGCACAGCGGCAGCGGGAGGAGCCGGAGUAUGUGGACGAUUACUCAACUGCCUAUGAAGGUGACUACGACCCGUACACAGAUUACUCGCACUUGGAGGCUGCAGCUGCCAGUGCAGGAGCUCCUCCGAUGGUAGCGGCAGGGCCACCCCACUCUGUGCCUCCACCACCACCGCCACCACUGGGGUACCCACCGCCAUUCCGUGGUGCCACCUAUGCGGGCUACCCUCCACCACCACACCUGGGCUAUUCGCUGGCCCCGCCCCCACCUCUGGGGGGGCCCUUGCCUCCACCUUUGGCACCUCCCCAGCCAUUUUACUCGCCACAAGUGGCUGCGGCCGCUGCCACUGUACCAACCCCUGGUCUCCGCUUGGCUGAGGGACAGCCCCUGCCUCAGUUUUCAUUUGACAUCAGCCAGCCCCCUCCACCGACUUCUAUUGGCAACUGUACACCCUCCCAUGUGGCCAGUGGUGAUGUUGGUCGGCUGUCUGCCUUCAGUCGUCUUGCCAAGAUGCCACCACCACCAGCUUCUGUGCCUGCUCCUGUGGUGCCACCAAUAGUGGUCACUACCAUCACUCCUGCGGCUGCAGCCAUGACACCCAAGCCUCCCAAUGCCCCGCACGCUUUCCAGAUCCCCCUGCCAGCACCUGCCACAGGCCCUUCGCCCACUUUAGAAGCACGAGCUGCCCCCCAGGGGUUUUCUCCGUGCUUCCCCACUUUGGCUGCAGUGGCUCCCACUGCCCCCAGGUCUGCCACUGCUGCACCUCAGCUGCACGGACUACUCACUGGCGCAGUGCCAUCGCCCGCUUCUGUGGCUCCUGAAAAGCGGGAACCGGUGACUACCAUUGGUACCAGGACAGCUGAAGCAAGCCCAGUGACGUUGGCACAGACGCCAUCUCCUGCAGCACCACGCCGCCUGCAGCGAGCUAGCACUGGAUCGGACGACUAUGUGGAGGAAGUCGAAGUCGAAGGGAACUUCACACCUCUAAUUCCGCUGCCUGAGGAGGUGUCGGUCUGCACUGGGGAAGAGAAUGAGAAGGUUUGCUUUGAAGAAAGAGCUAAACUCUUCCGCUAUGUUGACAAAGAGUGGAAGGAACGUGGCAUUGGUGUCGUCAAAUUGCUUGAAAGCAAGGAGGGCAAAGUGCGCCUGCUUAUGCGGCGAGAGCAAGUGCUGAAAGUAUGCGCCAACCAUUACAUUCAGUCUGGAAUGACGCUAGCUCCAAUGCCAAAAAAGGACACUGCCUGGAUAUGGGAUGCCCAAGAUUUUGCAGAUGGUGAGGCGCACCCAGAGAAGUUCUGCAUACGUUUCAAAACGCCUGAAAUAGCAAUGCAGUUCAAAGAAGCUUUUGAACAAGCAGUUAACAAGUCCAGACAAGCUGCAGUAUCUUCAUCAUCAGCGGCCUCCGCUACAGCAGACAGCACAGCUACCACUUUUUCAAUGUCACCAUCAGGUCUUAGCUCCCCUAGAAUUACACCGGCACCUUCCAACUUUGGACCCUCAACAGUUAGCACAGGGAUGCCUGGUGCAUCAUUUGGUUCUCCAGUAACUGUAUCUGCAUCUCCAGCUAGCGUGCCUUCUACCUUUCCUGUAUCGACGCCAGGCUUUGGGUUCUCCAAGUCAAUAGUGGCACCUUCUGUGUUUGGGUCAGCAACAGCCACAACAGUAGUACCUUCUGGGCCAUUCAGUUCACCAUUUGGUGCCUCCACUCCAUUAUCCACCACUUCUGUGACAAUUUCCUCAUCCACAUCAAGCUUUAGUGGCCCCAAAACAACAGGGGCCGCACAUGUGUUUGGAUCUGCUGCAGGCAGCAUGGUGACAUCAGCUUUGUCAUUUGGCAGUCCCAUAGCUUCGUCUGUCGUGGCAUCUGGCUCUCCACCCACAAGUCUACCUCACCUGUCAGCAACUGGUUUCGGGAAGAUGUUUCAUCCAAAACCAGGCGCCUGGGCGUGUCACACAUGCUAUGUGAGCAAUGAUGCCAACAAACUCGUAUGUGCAGCGUGCGACUCGCCAAAGCCGGGUACUGAGAAACCAAAGACUGUGGAAGUGCCUGUGGCAGCACAACAGCCAACAGAAAAACCUGAUCUUGCUGCUUCUAUCUCCUUUGGGAAUUCUUUGGGGAAGCCUUUUAACACACAAGCAGCACAGCCAGCUCCUGUAUUCUCAUUCGGUGUCUCUGUACCAGAGCAGAAGCCAAGCAUUCCAGUCACUUCAGCUAUUGAUGUAAUGGCUUCAUCAGGAAAGAAUGUGUUCGGUGGAUUUACAUUUUCUGGCCCACCAAAAGUAAAAGAGCUUCCCAAGGAAGAAGCAAAGCCUGUUACUGCAGCAGCAACAAUAAAGGAGUCGCCAAAGCCCAGCCCUUUUGCAGGCUUUUCGUUCAAGAGCCCACCAGCCACAGUGAAAAAAGAUGAGGCCCCAGAGUCAGCUAGUGCAACUCAGUCAUUUUUAGCAAGUGCCCGUUCAGAAAUUAGCAAACUGAGUACAACACCAGCCAAGCAACCACAAGUGACCUCUUCCCUGCCGCCUCAACCACCGGUAAUAUCAUCUCUUCCACCUCAACCACAGGUGCCAUCUCCUCUGCCAAAGCCAUUACCUCCAACUCCAAUUGCGACUAGGCAGCGAGCAGACUCACUGCGGAGCCCAGGUGAAAUACCAGAGGACUUUGUCCCCAGUGCUGAGUUUGAACCAGUGGUCUCCCUACCGGAACUUGUGGAUGUCAAAACAGGUGAAGAGGAUGAAGAAGUCCUGUUCUCUGAGAGAGCCAAACUGUUUCGAUUUGAUGCUGAAACAAAGCAGUGGAAGGAGCGUGGGAUUGGCCAAUUGAAGAUCCUUCAGCACCCAAAGACGCAAGUGUGCCGUGUGCUGAUGCGCAGGGACCAAGUACUCAAACUGUGUGCCAAUCACAGAAUUUUGCCAGAGAUGAAAUUGGGUCCGCUGUCAACAAAUGAUCGCGCAUGGUCUUGGUUUGCCAAUGAUUAUAGCGAUGGACAACUCUGCAAGGAAAAUCUUGCGGCGCGCUUUAAGACGACGGAGCAGGCUGAUCGCUUUAAGCAAGUAUUUGAGAGCUGCAGGGACAAAGCCCAGCCUGUUACACCUCUGAAAGAAGCUGCAGGGGAAGAGAAGAGUGAUAAAAGCCAGGAGCAGCAGGCCGAUAAGAAGCAACUGGAGCCAGCACCUAUUGUGCCUCUCUCCCAGUUGAGUCAGUUCAAGCCAAAGGCAGGCACUUGGAACUGUGACAUCUGCUAUGUGUCAAAUUCAGCUGACAGGACAUCAUGUGUGGCCUGCGAGACCCAAAAGCCUGGCUCAGACGCUGCCGAGCCUACGCCGUCACCUUUGAAGGCAUUGGAGAAGUUUGCUGCCCCAGUGUCUGGAGGUGGUGGGUUUCCUGUUGGCACUGCACCUGCGGGAGUUCCACCAGCCAAGUUCAGCUUUGGAUUUCCUGGUGCGAGCAGCGUUCCACAGCCAACAAUUACCAACUUUCCCUCAGCACCCUCCACUUCCCAAGUGACUUCAACAACACCGAAACCUUCAGGAUUUGUGUUUGGCUCCCCACGCCCAGGCACUGUCGCACCACCAUCUACUUUCACAUUCGGGGUGGCAACUGUUAAGCCAGACACAACUUCAUCUACCAGUGCACCAGUGGCUACAUCUACACCAACAACGUUUAAGUUUGGAAGCCCUCAGAAGUACGAGUUCAGCUUCAGUGGUGUCCGGCCACGUAGCCCAGGCAAAACGCCCAAGUCUCCUGGCACACCAGCAGAUGCAGAUGAAGACGAAUCAGGCACCAUAGAAUCUCCUGAGGCCGAGAUAUUCUUCUCACCUGUGGUACCCUUGCCUCCCAAGGUGGAAGUACGCACUGGUGAGGAGGAAGAAAAAGUUCUGUACUGCCACAGGGCUAAGUUAUAUCGCUGGAUGGAUGGCGAAUGGAAGGAGCGUGGUCUUGGUGACAUCAAGCUACUCCAUCAUCCAACAACUCAACGCACCAGGCUGCUGAUGCGCCGGGAGCCGGUGCUGAAAGUGUGCCUGAAUCACCUUCUGGCACCUGAGCAUCAGUUCUGCAAAAAAGAUGAUCGGACUGUUACGUGGUCUGCAACGGAUUUUUCGGACGAUGUGGCGUGUCCGUACCAGUUUGCACUGCGCCUCAAGACCUCACAGGUAGCUGAAGAGUUCCUGGCUGCCGUGGAGGAGGCAAAGAGCAAGUCCAGUGGCUCUGUGCCACCUUGUACAACUCCACCAUUGACAAAGGCAUCGACAACCCCAGUAGAUGCCUCCACAUUCUCAUUUCGGCUCGAUGGAGAAACAGAAAUUAGUCCUAGCUCUUCUAUGACACCUCCCGGUGGUUUUUCACUAGGACCUCGCUUUGGUGCCUCUAAACAAACUGUGGUGCGCUCGCUGUUCGGCAACUCUUCGACGGCCAGGGAAAGCAAGGAGGCGGACGAUGUACAAAUUGUAUUCGAGGCCAAGGCUGGUCCCGACGACGUUGCCCGUGCUAGGAAACUGAUGCUGCCUGACAACUUCUUCCUUUAUGAGACAAAGACACCUUGUCCCGGAUGUCGAGGCUGUGAUGACUGGGAGAGCAAAAAAGAAGCACUGGCAGCAUCCUCAAGACCUGCCGGCCUUGCGAAAUCUGCAUCAGUAAAGGAUGCACCUCACCUGGCAGCAGCUGACAGCACCACAGGCAGCCUGGAAGAUGAAGGGAGUGGCGGUGGGCUAUUUAGUACAGCUGCACAACUGUCUUUUGCUGAUCUGGCUAAACAACAGCCAGGCACAGGUUUCGGUUUCCAGGGUCCAUCUCCCAAAAGUGGGCAGUCCCUUUUCUCUGGAGCAGGCACCAAGCUGUUCCAGUCACUCACGACAAAGCAGAAGACAGAAACUGAGGAUGAUGGUGCUGACGAGGUGGCCCCCAGCGUCGACAUCCACUUUGAGCCUGUGGUGCCUUUACCAGAACUGGUGGAGCUGCGCACUGGGGAAGAAGAUGAGGAGCAGCUGUUUUGUCACAGGGCCAAGUUGUUUGUGUUUGACAGCCAGAACAAGCAGUGGAAAGAGCGAGCCAUAGGCGACAUCAAGAUACUGAAGCACAAGACACGACCCUGCUGUUUUCGUGUUCUCAUGAGGAGAGACCAGGUGCACAAAAUUGCCUGCAAUCACUCCAUCACAGAGUUCACAAAGUUGUCCCCACUGUCAACUUCAUCCACCUCGCUUACAUGGAAAGCAUUGGACUUCUCUGAAGGACAGACUUCUCCAGAAGCCUUUGCCGUCCGCUUCAAGAAUGCAGAAGUUAUGGACAAGUUUGCCAAAGUGUUUGAAGAGUGCAGGCUGGCUGUUGUAGAAAGAGGAAGCCAACCAGCUGGCGCUGAAAGGAAUGGUGACCUUGAGCGAGAGCAAGUUGAAGACAGAAUAAGGAAGGAGGAGGAAGAAGAGGAGGAUGUAGAUGAAGAGGAUGACGAUGACGAAUAUGAGGAUGACGAUGAAGAUGACGAGCAUGGGGAAGAUAUUAUGUUUGAAAAGAGGGUCACACUGUCUGUACAGAGACCAGGUGCAAGUGCCUAUGAGUCCCUUGGGAUGGGCAACCUGAGGAUGGUGUAUGACGACUCGUGCUUUGGUGCACGCAUCCGGGUCAUCGCUGAUGAUGGGGCACUGCUGUGCGACACCAUUGUGGCAGUGCAGACGUGUCUGCGCACAGAGCGCCUCCAUGCCUACUGGUCCGCUGUGGAUAUGUCGGUUGAACCCAAUGUUCGUCGCCACUUCCAGGCCGCCUUCAGCUCGCCUCAGGCCAUUGCAGAAUUCAGCCGAAUCUUUGCUGAGGCCAAGGAUCUGGCUGUGAACAGCUCAAUUGUCGAAACCAUUGACGAGCCACCCAGUCAUCCAAAAUGAUGGAGGCUUACGAAAAGCCAGUGCUUGUAUUCUUUUUUUCUUUUUUUUUUAAUUCUAAUUUAUGUUUCUGACAGACCUUUUAGGCAUUUUAAUGGUGGUGUAAAACGUAAGCUGUGUCAUUUUGACAGCAGUGAAUGCACAGUCCACAUGGCAACAAUCAGCACUUUAGGGCAAUUAUUUCAAAGAAAUUGUUUCAAGUCGAGUUGUUAAAAAUGUAAGUGUAAAUAAAGGAAAUGUGAGCAGGCUCAGUGUACUGCAUAUGCCAAAAUAAAACCCGCUUGUGAUUCACA